GGUUCAACAUGAAUUUUCAUGGAUCUUAAAAGACAGCAAAAACUUACCCCUAGAAUUAAAUUAUCCAUUUUCUUGGAAAUGUUAUAUAAAAAAACAGGGAAAGAAAAUAUUGAACCCCAAACAUUUAUGGAAAAAUAAAUAAAAAUCAAAUGCUCAGUUGAGUAUCAAGAAAAAGAAAAGCAGUCCUGUGAUAUUCUCGAUAGGGAUUGAAUAGAAAUCCUCCAGACAAAAUCCCUAGUUCUUCUCCGAUAGAUUCUAAUCCAAAUCUCUGGUCACAAAUCAUUCAUCAUCGCUUCAAAGGUACUGCAACUGGAUAAACUAAAAGCUUCAGGUUCUGGAUUACUUCAAGUAACUGCAAAGGAUCUCAAGUGGUGAUUGCAUUAUGUCAAUGGGCUCUUCAGAGGCGAUUUUUCUGAGGGGGUUUGCUUCUCAUGUAUUCUGUUAUGAUCCAUGUUUUAGUAAAUCAAUUUUUCCUACAAAAUCCCGCGUGAAGUGUCGAAAGAGUAGAGUGUAUGCACAAUCUCUUAACUGUUCAAGAACACAUUGGAAUUCUAGAGGAGGGAAUGGUAUUCAUCAGAUUGGCUAUGGAAAUGAUGCAAUUAAACCAUACAGGUACCUCAGUUGUCGAUGCCAACAGGUUGGAAAAAAUAAUGGGUUAACUGCUGAGGAUGUAAAUGGAGCCUGGCUCGGAGAUAGAACGGUUAAACAAAACCCAAGCAGCGAAGUUAAUGCUUUGAAUGUGGGAGGGCUUAUGGAGGAAGCACAACAGGUACUAGAGGAAAAGAAAAAAUUUGCAACUAAUGGUAAGAUAUCUGGAGGCGAUCCGGAUAGUAGCAUGGAUUCUCUUGAGGAUGAAGCAUGGAAUCUAUUGCGGGAUUCUAUACUUACUUACUGUGGUAGCCCCAUUGGAACAAUUGCUGCAAAGGACCCCACAGGUAAAACUACAGCGAACUAUGAUCAGGUCUUUAUUCGUGACUUCAUACCGUCUGGUAUUGCAUUUCUAUUGAAGGGCGAGCACGACAUUGUUAGGAACUUCCUCCUUCAUACACUUCAAUUACAGAGUUGGGAAAAAACCAUGGACUGCCAUAGUCCUGGUCAAGGGCUCAUGCCUGCUAGCUUCAAGGUUAAAAGUGUUCCAAUUGAUGGUGAUGAAAACAACAAAGAAGAAGUUUUGGAUCCUGACUUUGGAGAGGCGGCAAUUGGCCGGGUUGCACCAGUUGAUUCAGGAUUGUGGUGGAUUAUUCUCUUACGAGCGUACGGAAAAUGCUCUGGAGAUCUUACUGUUCAGGAGAGAGUAGAUGUACAAACUGGAAUUAAGAUGAUUUUAAAGCUCUGUCUGGCAGAUGGUUUUGACAUGUUUCCAACUUUACUGGUAACUGAUGGUUCUUGCAUGAUAGAUCGCCGUAUGGGAAUCCAUGGCCACCCCCUAGAAAUUCAGGCAUUGUUCUAUUCAGCUCUACUUUCUGCGCGUGAUAUGCUUACCGCCGAGGAUGGGUCACAUGACCUACUUCAGGCACUCAACAACCGUCUAGUUGCUUUGUCGUUCCAUAUCAGGGAAUAUUAUUGGAUUGACAUGAAGAAACUGAAUGAGAUCUACCGUUAUAAAACAGAAGAGUACUCCUAUGAUGCAGUCAACAAGUUUAACAUCUAUCCUGAUCAGAUUUCUCCUUGGCUGGUUGAAUGGAUGCCCAAUAGAGGUGGUUAUUUAAUUGGAAACUUACAGCCAGCUCACAUGGAUUUCCGCUUCUUCUCGCUCGGGAACUUGUGGUCUAUAACUAGUAGUUUGGCAACAAAAGAACAAUCCCAUGCUAUUCUUGAUCUCAUUGAAGCCAAAUGGUCAGAUUUGGUUGCGGAUAUGCCUCUGAAGAUAUGUUAUCCUGCUCUUGAGGGGCAGGAAUGGAAAAUAAUUACUGGCAGUGAUCCCAAAAACACGCCUUGGUCGUACCAUAAUGGAGGUUCAUGGCCAACUCUACUCUGGCAGCUUACGGUGGCAUGUAUAAAGAUGGGCAGACCAGAAAUUGCUGAGAAGGCUGUGGAGAUUGCCGGGAAGCGGAUUGCAAGAGACAGGUGGCCAGAAUAUUAUGAUACAAAACGAGCCAGAUUCGUUGGGAAACAAGCUUGUUUGUACCAGACAUGGUCAAUUGCAGGAUAUCUUGUGGCCAAGCUUCUUCUCAAAAACCCUAACACAGCAAAGAUUCUAAUAAACGAUGAGGAUCAUGACCUUGUUAAUGCCUUCAACUGCAUGAUUGACAACAACCCGAGGAAGAAACGUGGUCGCAAACCCUCAAAAAAGACCUUCGUAGUAUGAUCUCAGUAUCUGGGAGGUGGAAUAGUAGAAAGGGUGUGUAUACAUGUGGUUGACCCGUGAUUGGUGAGAUGCUCUCUCGGUAUGCUUACAUUGGAUUAACGAAAUUAGUAAUUUUUUGCUGUAAAAAUCUUCCCCCAGUUUUAGAUGGGUUGAUUAGAAAGAAAAUAUACUUGCAGGUGUUGCUGCAUAACACUCUUGUGUGUGUAGCUUCUGUCCUGUAUAUACUACUAGUACGUGCUUUCGUAACAUCGUUUACACGAUUCUUCUCAGGAUCAAUGGAUAUUAAAAACAUAGUAGUGUCUUACAGUGAUUAUGUUUCUCGCAUAAAAUCUGUCGUGUUUCAUUAAUCAUGGAUUUAUUAUUCAGACUUGAAAUUAAAAGAAGCUAAUGAAAAGUAAAGGUUCCCUC